UCAAAGUCCUAUAUUAAGGCCCGGAUCGGGUUCAACGCCCAAACGUCUUAAUCCAGCCCCAAAUCCUUCCCUCAUUCCCUCUCUCUGGUCUGUUGCCCAUGCCCACCUUUUUUUUAACAAAAUGGCCUCGAACUGGUUUGCCUUCUCCUCGUUAAGAAGGGUUUCCUUCCUUCAUCUUUUCUCAUCCAUUUCUUCAUCCCCUCAAUUUUUUCUUAAAAAGUGUCUUCCUCUCCUCGUUUUCCCUCACCUCAAAACGCUUCAAUUAAUUUUUGCCUGUACAACGUCCAUCCAGUACAAAAAAACUAAACGAGCUACAAGAACAAACAAUGAAAAAUACGAUUUGUGGUGA